AUGGUCACGACCAGGCACUACUUCUGCUGCGCACAGAGGGACUCAUCGCACGAGUUCCAGGCCAAGCGAAUCGUCGACUUCAACAAUAUCGCCUCUGACGGCCCUCUCGGUCCCUCCCUCCCCUCCAUGCCCUCUCCCUCCUCUCCGGGCACUACUUCUGCUGCGCACAGAGGGACUCAUCGCACGAGUGCCAUGCCAACUACUGUGCACGAGGGGCGAAUCAUGGACUUCUACUAG